CAGAUCAUCAUUGAUGGGAGAGCCUCAGGGGAAACCAGUCUCUUCAAUAUCGGACCGUCUUCAAAGUUAUCUUGAUCUUAUUUUUCUAUUCCCGAGCCGGAGGCUUCUAUCCUGUCUGCACGUAUCGCAGUGGCUAAAUCCAUAAAUCCGUGCGUGUGCGCAUCCGAAGCGCAUCCUGAGAGGGCAUCAAGGCUGCCAGCACCUGUGUACCACCAGGAAUCGUUGCGCUACAAUGGAGAGUGCUGUGGAGAAGAUCCCAAAGGCUUGUGAACCGUGUCGGAAAAAGAAGGUCCGCUGCGACGGCAAGCAGCCUUGCCAGCGAUGUCAACGGCGACCAUCUGAGUGUUCGUAUCGUCAACGCAUAAGAAUUCGAAAGUCAGCGCGCCACACCCUGAGCCCUAUCAUAGGGCCUAGUCAUGCUCGUUCGACGACCAAUGAGUCUCAAAGCGAGUCCCAGAUCCCGGACGCAAGUGGCAAUCCGCCGGAGCCUAAAAAACAAGCCGAUCACGCCAGAGACCAGCUCUACCAGAGUGUUGCUGCUACCCAUGGCAAUAAAGCUGACUCCGUUGAAAGUUCGCGCCUUUUCUAUGGACCAUCGUCGCAAUUUGCCUUCCUCCAGCAAUUGCAUAGAGAGAUAUUGUGCUUUAGCUCACAUCACCAACCCGGCGAUCGUGAAGUCCAAGAGGGAGGACCGGGGUUGGACCUUUUUGUUCAGAGGUCAAUAUUCUUUGGGAUUGCGCAGCGUACCCGUUCAAAUCCAUUGCCAUCACACAUGUCUCUAAUAUCAUCACUGCCGGUCCAGCAGGCUGUCGAAUUCCUGGCCGGAUUUAAGGCUGCAGCAUCACCUAUAGUCCCACUAUUUGCUGAUCAGGAGCUUGAUGACUUACUCCACCACUUCUAUAGCGAUGAAUCAGAUUCGUCGCUUUCACCUCAGAGACGAGCACUCACAUUAGCCAUUUUGGCUAUCGGUGGUCUUACAACCGCCCAUACGGACGUGGCUGAGCUGUUGUUUAUCAAGGCGAAACAAGAAGCAGUCGUUUGCGAUGAUGUGGUUAGUUUGUCAAUGAUACAGCUCUCAAUCCUACUCGCAGAGUAUCAAACAAACAUGGGGCGUCCAAACUCUGCAUACCUCAAUCUAGGUGUUGCAUGUCGAAAAGCUCUGGCAAUGGGUCUACAUAAGGAGAGCGAUAUCUCCUUGGUCCCAGCAGACAUUUUACAGAAGCGGCGUAUCACUCUAUGGUGUCUGUAUUUCCAUGAGAGCUGGCAAGCACUGGCGCUCGGCAGGGAAAGCGCACUGAAAAUGUCAGAUAUAUCAGCUUCGUUCCCAGAUGAUCAGCCUGUGUUGGUGGGACUUUGUAGGCUUGCACAAAUAGCAGAAGAUGGCGCCCGUGUAAUUUAUGGUCGACGAUAUGAGUCUUUGGGUCAAUUGUAUGUCGCAGCGGAGAAGAUCGGUGCCCGACUCCGUGAAUUUGCGGACCAAUAUGGGAUUGGUUCAGCAAGUCUGGCGCACAAACACAAAUCGCGGGGAGCUGUGGCGUCGCUUCAACUACACAGUGUGUACUACCACGUCAUAUUACUCACGUAUCGGCCGUUCCUGAUCGCCGACUCCGCACUCAAGCCAGCCGGUGGCCCCAAAGAACCUGACACAAUGUGGCUCCGGCAGGCCUGCAGGUAUGCAAUCGAUGCAGCUCAAGACUCUAUCGUGUAUGCUGCCUCGUCGUUCCGUAAGGACGAGGCGUGUAAGACGACAAGAUACUAUGCGUUCUUUCUCGAUGCAAAUUGUGUAGUGUUAAUGUAUGAUAUGCUUCGUCAUCCGGCAAAACGCAACUACAAUGUGGAUUACAUCAACAUGGCUCUCCAAAUGCUUAGCAGUAUGGUCCAGGACGAGCCUGUCACUGUGUCGCAGAACUCUAUGAAGCAGAUGUUGCGUCUUGUGGAAGACAUCAUCUUAAAUGGUAAUCGUGUCACGGGACCAUCGACUGAAUUGGCAUCUUUAGCUUCUAGCAACACAACAGCAGUCGAAGUGCUAAGCGAUACUCAACAAGGGCCACCUCAUCCAAACUUCCAGUUCCCCUCGCUGAAUGCAGGGUCUACACAGUCGCAGCAGUUUAUCCACUUUAGCAACCUACCUGCUGUAUCAGGUCAAGGCAACUUCGACAACGCUCUGAACAUAGAUGGAUCCGCCGUGGCUUAUGCCAACCCCCUGCCAUAUUUUCAGAACGAUGUCAUCACUACAGAUCUGUUCAACUUCUUCCCCGUGGAUUUGCUGUCGCCUUACAACACUUCGAGUCUUGAAGGAGCUGACAAUCACAACACUUGAUCGGAGUAUGUCGUGGUACUAUCGGGAACGACUUGCAAAUGUACAGCGAAGUAGAUUCAUCGUGUUCUGAAACUUACAGGCUGCACCUUUCAGAGACUAUAG